CCGGGUGUGUGUGUGUGUGUGUGUACAGUAUGUUACGCACAUGGCUUAAUACUUCUAUCGCGUCCGUCAUUGGCUAGCAGAGUCUCGAGACUCGUUGUGACGCUUGUCUAUAUAACGGGUCUCGUGCAAACGGGACGCCGUGUCCGCGCGCGCCCCACCCAGAGCUGCAUGGACGCUUCAUUUCCGCGUCUCCAGAGAGCGCGCUCAGGACAUCAGGCUAGAACGGGAGCAUCCUUCUCCUCUGAUCUGACAGCUUUCCUGAGAGUCCUCCAAAAACCCGGCGAUCAUGGCAAACAGAGGCCCGAGUUACGGCCUGAGCCGGGAGGUGCAGGAGAAAAUCGAACAGAAGUACGAUCCAGAUCUGGAGGCUCGGCUGGUGGACUGGAUCGUGGCACAGUGUGGAGGAAAUCUGGAAAGACCCCAGACGGGAAAGCAGAACUUCCAGAAGUGGCUCAUGGACGGAACGAUCCUCUGUAGGCUCAUUAACAGUCUGUACCCUCGUGGUAAAGAGCCCAUUAAGAAGAUCCAGGAGACACAGAUGGCCUUUAAGCAGAUGGAGAAGAUCUCGCAGUUCCUCCAGGCAGCUGAGGCGUACGGAGUCAUCACCACUGAUAUCUUUCAGACUGUAGAUUUAUGGGAAGGAAAGGACAUGGCCGCCGUCCAGAGAACUCUGAUGGCUCUGGGAAGUGUGGCACUCACCAAGGAUGAUGGACAUUACCGUGGCAACCGGGACUGGUUCCACAGGAAGUCUCAGUGCAACCGGAGGGAAUUUUCCGAGGAGCAGCUGCGCCGGGGCCAGAACCUGAUCAGCCUGCAGAUGGGCAGCAACCGCGGGGCAUCCCAGGCUGGCAUGACGGGUUACGGCAUGCACCGCCAGAUCAUGUAACUCGGCCUGGAGGUGACCUACGACCUGCAUCAGACACCCAGAAGACCUUAAUCCCUGCAGAGGAGCAACAUCUGGCUCAGUCAGUUUCAUUAACGUGUCCUUCUUGUAUGAUAUUCAUAAGUAACAUGAAAUAUUAGCAUGAUUUUAUUAUUGUUUACUAUAACACAUUUUCUGUAUCCAUAAUAAAAAGAAAUUCAGCAUAAAGUCCAAACAGCUGCUGUUACCUCUGUAAACUUUCUAUACUAACAUACUACAUCCAAAAUAAUAUUACAUCAUUUAUUAGUUUGUCGUUUGUGUUAUUUGGAUGUAAAUUCUGAUUAAAAAAUAAAUAUCCACACAAACAUUCCUGUCAGCUUUCUACCACAUGUGAAUGCACUGGAGCUGGAUUUAUUUUUCUGGUCCAAAAUAUAUAUAUAUAUAUAUAUAUAUAUAUAUAUAUAUACAUGUUGUCUUUCUCUUUGGAAGUGUGUGUUAUUAUGCGUGAUAGUUUUGCUG